AUGCACCGAGUGCAAAUGCGCGACCGCACGAUCAACAUUGACCACGACAUUGCUCAACCUGUGUGGACGCGCCAGGAGGCACUACUUGUUCGAUCGAAGUAUCUGUGUACGUGCAGAAGUUACUUCGUGACAGGGUGGGUGUGCUCUCAUAUUGUCGCUACGAUGACAUUUAUCGACGAUUUUCCGCUGAGUGUAAUGAUGCAAGCACUUCCGGCGCGAAAGCCUCCCGGUUGUCCACGGAAAGGUUCUCGCGCGUUGGCUCGAGAUGGCAACUCAACAGCAUUUUUUGAUGUUGACAAUAUGAUUGCGCUACUGUUAGCGAAACCAAGUCGUCUACUAAACUUUCCCGUCUUAAUCGAGAAUCCAAGUUCACACGAAAACAUUCCUGGUGUGGUGAGUACGUGGAAGAAUCAGCGCGGCGUGUACAAGUGGAACGUGUUGCUAUCUGGCGGCUCUAUUGAUAUCUCGAGUGUCAAGCGCUUGCUGAAGCCAUUCGCUUUGCAAACGAAACAGGAAUGA